UACAGUACAGCGGUGUUACAAACAAAUGAACACAAAAUUUACACGUUUACAUUUGACAUCAGCGAAAAAAAGCGGAAAUUAUAAGUUUAGUUGUCAAAUUCUACAUAUUGCCCGGGUAUGAGACGGACAAACAUCAUAGAUUACUACGGGAACGACAACGGAAUGGGACAACCACAAAGAAGCGAUCAGAUGCUAGAAGAAGAAAACGACAGACUUACAGAAAGCCUAUCAGGAAAAGUGAAGGCCCUGAAAUCGCUCUCAAUUGAUAUUGGACAUGAAGUUAGAACACAAAACAAGCUUUUGCAAGAAAUGGAUGAUGACUUUGACACAAGUGGCUCCCUUUUAUCUGCAACCAUGGGAAGACUUUCUGCUCUCACUAAAAAAGGACAUCACAAAGUCAUGUGUUACAUGAUACUUUUCUGUUUCUUUGUUUUCUUGGUAGCAUGGUACUUUGUUAGAAGAAGAUGAAACUAUAAUAUUUGUUUAUUUAUAUAUAAUUAAUAACGUACAUACCUAGUUCAUGGCAUGGUCUUUUAUUUUGAAUUAUGCUUUGUUCUGGCCUCCUGAAAAGAACACAUUGACACUAACAAAUAAUAGUAUAUACUUGGCGGGAACUUCAUAAGAAUGCACGCUUUGACUGGUUGUCUAGCUUGGAAUAAUGGUCACUAUCAGGGGCGUAGCCAGGGGAGUGGCCCAGGGGGCCUGGCCCCCCCUUUUAGCAGCCAAAAAUACAUAAAUGUAUGAGACAUUAUCUAAAAUAUAGGAGAAAGUGCCUUGAAAGUCUCUUUUGGACCCCCUCCUGUUUAAAAUCCUGGCUACGCCGCUGACUAUUCACCUCUAGAACUCAGAAUAAUGAUAAUAAAGAUUUAUGACCAUUGAAACUUAUUGAGCUUCACUUUAAAAUAGCAUGUGUUAAGCAAAAAUAAAUCUGAAUAAUCUGAAUAUCAGCUUUAAACUCCUUUUGUUUAACAAUUUUCUGCCAAAUGAUUUUGCAAUGAGCAUGAAAAUUUAACACUGCGUGUCUCAGGACUAUUCACUGCUAUUCACUUUGCCUUCAGCAAAUAGUUGUUAAAUAAAGAAUAAACUCCAAAAAGAUACCAAUAA